UAACAUGUCGGCCCUUGCACGUCUACAUAAUAAUUUUUGUUUUUAAAUCAUAGCUGUAGACCAUAAUCCCCUGUCAGACACCUAGCCAUUCUUGUACUUUGGGAGUGAGUGUUAGGCUUGUUUUUCAUUCAAUAAGUUCUUGUCAGCGCACUCGAGUGUGCUGCUCAUUUUAUUUCGCCACGUCAGCACUCUUUACCGUCUUACAGGUCUAACCUGAGCAUUCAUCUAGAGCAGAGUGAACCUAGAGCCACCAGGUCACCUGCAUCUCACCUACAUAGUCAAAAGCAAAUUCUCUCUCUUAUUUAUUUUAAUUCAGAAAAGUUAAGACCCCUUUACUCUCUUCUCACUCGCUUUUUGUUUUGUUCUGUUCAUUUGGAUGGCUAGAUUAGAGACAUACCCCUUCUGUCCACCCCUUCUUUUUGCACCUCUCUCACUCCAAUGCUGCUUUCAGUCUAAACACUGCUUGUUCCUGGCCCGGCCAGCCCCCACUCGCCCCCAAACAAAGGAAGAAAGGCUGGGCUCUUCUGUGUCUCACACCAAAUGGGGGUCCUAAAACACAUGCUGCAGUUUGGCAUGCUUUUUUCCCUGUAGUCUGAUGGAGGGAUUUCACUGGCUCGGUCUUUGAGAAAUAAAUGGACUGAUGAAGAUAGUGGUUUUUGCUGUGCAAAAAAUAAGAUGGCUUCUAUCCCUAACCAUGCAUUUUGGGUCAUUUGGGUUAUUUAAAACCGUUGAUUCCCUUUAAAAGUUGAAAAGUCAUGGCCCUUUGGCUUUCAUUUUGGAUUUACUUGCUCAAAUAGAUGCCUUCUUUCAGGCAGUGGCUAUUUGUGGUUUCAGAGGGUUUUUUGGGUGUUUGUCGUGAUGUUGUAAAGAGAGGUCUCCUCCUGUUGGUUAGAAGCCCUCUUAUUUGGUGCCUCAGGGGGGCGGGGUGGGGAAGAGUACGAGGGGCCGGCGGCCCCCCACCAGCUCUGUCGCUCCUAACCCCCCGCGCGCUCGCUUAGGGCCUGUGGAGUGUGCGCGCGUCGAACUGUCUGCCUGACCCCUCAGUCAAGCCAACAGAUGCUUUGUAAGGGCUCCAUAGUGCAUUCGAGUAGAGCCUGUAUCAUUUUGGCUGUUUUUUUCCCACCAGUUCAACUUCACGUCCCCCUAUAUUUAUAGAUUACAGGGUUGGGGAGGGUUUGUGUUUUUCCAACACUGUGUCAGCCCUGGGCUGUGCCAGGCAGACAGAUCGCUUUUUGCACUCCACUGCACGCGUCAGACAAUAUGAUUCUAGAUUCUCUAUAUUCUCUAUAGAGAGAAUUAUACUCGCGCGACACAAGCGAUGACCUCUUUAUUUCAGAGCUGUGGAGGCUUCUAGGUGAUUAUGAAGUCUUUAAACCCCAGACUUUUUCCCAUAUCCAUUGGCCAGGAGUCAAGAUGGCAGGACAGGAUAAAGCAAACAAGGUAUUAAACCAUGUAAACAAAGAACAAAAGAAUCAUUGAUUACAUUUCUUUCCCCUUGUAUGUUAUGAUUAUUAAUAUUCCCAGAGCAAUGGGGUCAGUUCGUUUGGGUAAGAUCAAGCCAGUUGGCCUCCCUCCUUUACCUGUAUUUGAAAAUGUGACACGGUAUUGAGAAGUUUGAACCUGUGUGUAAAUCUCAUCUCAGAGCCUUUCUUCACUGUCGACCCCUUGAGAACAUAUUCCUGUUUCUGAAAAUGUACAGUCCUUUCAUUGCAUGGGUUUAAACUGAUGUUAGGUCAUUUUACAUUUAUUUUCUUUUCCUUUUUGUUUUGUUUUGCUUUGUCAAUACAAGUUUUGAUGUCCAUAUGAAAUGUCUUGAUUGCAAACUUUUACUAACGCUCUUGUUUUCUUAUUUUGUCUCUUUUGGUUUUUCCACAACUGAUAUUGUUAUUGAGAAGGUUUCAGGUGGGUGACAGUGUUCCUGCGUAGGUGCGGUCCGGUGGACAGGAACACUAGGGCAGCAUCAGUCUUCUCCUCUUCCAGCUGUGGCCGCCCCCCCAGAACAAAGUCCAAAAAUAUGGCUUGUUACCUGAAGGCAAUUGAAACCCAGCCAAACUUUGCCGUGGCCUGGAGUAACCUGGGCUGCGUGUUCAAUGCCCAGGGGGAGAUCUGGCUGGCCAUACAUCAUUUUGAGAAGGCAGUGACCCUGGACCCUAACUUUUUAGAUGCUUACAUCAACUUGGGCAAUGUUCUCAAAGAGGCUCGUAUCUUUGACAGAGCUGUUGCUGGUUAUCUGCGUGCCCUCAGCCUGAGCCCUAAUCAUGCUGUUGUCCACGGAAACCUGGCGUGCGUGUAUUACGAGCAGGGAUUGAUUGACCUGGCCAUUGAUACUUACCGACGUGCCAUUGAACUGCAGCCACACUUUCCUGAUGCAUACUGCAAUCUCGCUAAUGCACUGAAAGAGAAAGGCAAUGUUUCUGAAGCUGAAGAUUGUUACAACACUGCGCUGCGUCUGUGCCCGACUCACGCAGACUCCCUUAACAAUCUGGCCAACAUCAAGCGAGAGCAAGGCAACAUUGAGGAAGCUGUGCAGCUCUACAGGAAAGCGCUGGAGGUGUUCCCUGAAUUUGCUGCUGCCCAUUCAAACCUUGCCAGUGUCCUGCAGCAGCAGGGGAAACUUCAGGAAGCUCUCAUGCACUAUAAGGAAGCAAUCAGAAUCAGCCCCACAUUUGCUGAUGCUUACUCUAACAUGGGCAACACUCUGAAAGAGAUGCAGGAUGUUCAGGGAGCGCUGCAGUGCUACACCCGAGCCAUUCAGAUCAACCCCGCUUUUGCAGAUGCUCACAGUAACUUGGCCUCAAUACACAAGGAUUCUGGGAACAUUCCUGAAGCGAUUGCAUCGUACCGCACUGCCCUGAAGCUCAAGCCUGACUUCCCUGAUGCUUAUUGUAACCUGGCUCACUGUCUGCAGAUUGUUUGUGACUGGACUGACUAUGAUGAGCGCAUGAAGAAGCUGGUGAGCAUUGUGGCUGAUCAGCUGGAGAAGAACCGCCUGCCAUCCGUGCAUCCCCAUCACAGCAUGCUCUACCCCCUCUCUCACGGUUUCCGCAAGGCAAUUGCAGAGAGACAUGGCAACUUGUGUCUGGAUAAGAUCAAUGCUCUUCAUAAGCCUGCCUAUGAGCAUCCAAAGGACUUGAAGGCCAGUGGAGGCCGUUUGCGUGUGGGUUACAUUAGCUCUGAUUUUGGCAACCAUCCCACGUCCCACCUGAUGCAGUCCAUCCCUGGCAUGCACAACUCUGAGAAGUUCGAGGUGUUUUGCUAUGCUCUCAGCCCAGAUGACAGCACCAACUUCAGAGUUAAAGUCAUGGCGGAGGCUCAUCACUUCAUUGACCUCUCACAGAUCCCCUGUAAUGGAAAGGCAGCGGACCGGAUCCAUCAAGAUGGAGUCCACAUCCUGGUCAACAUGAAUGGUUAUACUAAAGGAGCGCGCAAUGAGCUUUUCGCAUUGCGCCCUGCACCCAUUCAGGCCAUGUGGCUUGGAUACCCAGGCACCAGUGGAGCUCCGUUCAUGGACUACAUCAUCACUGAUAAAGAGACGUCUCCUUUUGAGGUCGCAGAGCAGUACUCUGAGAAAAUGGCCUACAUGCCAAACACUUUCUUCAUCGGAGAUCACGCCAACAUGUUCCCUCACCUCAAGAAAAAAGCGGUGAUAGACUUCAAGUCAAAUGGCCAUAUUUUUGACAAUCGCAUAGUACUGAAUGGCAUUGAUCUGAAAGCCUUCCUGGAAAGCCUGCCAGAUAUCAAAAUUGUGAAGAUGGAUUGUGAUGGUCAAGAGUCCACUGACAGUAACGGUGCCCUCUCUAUGCCCGUCAUCCCCAUGAACACAGCCGCUGAGGCCAUCAUAAACAUGAUCAACCAGGGCCAGAUCCAGGUCACCAUCAACGGCUUCACGGUCAGCAACGGCCUGGCCACCACUCAGAUUUUUACAGUGGAGGAGGUUAUUGUAUCUGGGACUGUAGCAUUGCAGAUUAACAACAAAGCAGCAACCGGAGAAGAGGUUCCCAGAACAAUCGUGGUGACCACCCGCUCGCAGUAUGGCCUCCCUGAAGACUCGAUUGUCUAUUGCAACUUCAACCAGCUCUACAAGAUUGACCCUCCCACCCUGCAGAUGUGGGCCAAUAUCCUGAAGCGUGUGCCCAACAGUGUGCUUUGGCUGCUGCGCUUCCCAGCUGUGGGUGAGCCCAAUAUCCAACAGUACGCUCAGAACCUGGGCCUGCCUGCCGCCCGCAUCAUCUUCUCCCCCGUGGCUCCCAAAGAGGAGCAUGUGAGACGUGGACAGCUGGCUGAUGUGUGCCUGGACACGCCGCUCUGUAACGGACACACCACAGGCAUGGAUGUGCUGUGGGCUGGUACCCCCAUGGUUACUAUGCCAGGAGAGACUCUGGCUUCUCGUGUCGCUGCCUCUCAGCUGACCUGUCUUGGCUGCCCUGAGCUCAUCGCCCAAAGCCGUCAGGAGUACGAAGAAGUUGCUGUGAAGCUUGGCACUGAUAUGGAAUUCCUGAAGAAGGUCCGCGCCCGCGUGUGGAAGCAGCGCAUCUGCAGCCCGCUCUUCAACACCAAACAGUACACCAUGGACCUGGAGAGACUCUACCUGCAGAUGUGGGAGCAUUACGCUGCUGGAGGCAAACCUGACCACCUGGUCAAAAUGCAGUCUCUGGAGAGCAGCGAGAGCGCCUAAGCGAAGCUUGUCCCUGCAUGUGCCCCGUCCCCCAAUAUGUGACGUCACAGAGACUCAUGGAGCCCACAGGUGACUACGAUCGCAGCCAGCUUUUAUUCCCAUGAGCCCGAGUGGACAGCAGGAUGCACAAAGCUGCUCCACUGAGACUCCUCCCUCUUCCCCAUCGUCUGACUAGAUUGAUGUUGAUUGGCUCCACUUUUCAUUUGUUUGUUUCUCUGCUUCUGUAACUGAAGUGGACUUUAUGGAAAAAAAAAGUGGGGUCUGAAAUGAGAAGGGGCAGUCUUACAAUAAUUCAGAAAAUAUAAUCGUAAACAUCACAGAUAGGGGCUUUUUUUAGUUAGGUUUAUGUGCUGCUUGACCUAUUUUAGCUUUGUCAUCAUGACUUUAAUCUGAGGAGCGGAUGCAUACCUCGGAUCACCGAUCUUUUUGCCAACAUUUCCGUAUGCUAUCGAUAGAGAAUUUCCUCUUUAUCAAAACAUGCAAUGUGAACGUGUCUUAUCACACACUGACAGAAGGCCUGCAGACCGCUCAAGUACUGACUCCUGAUUUUUCUUUCUUUUUUGUGAUUUUACCGGGAAAUGUCUAGGUAAGUAUGUUCUAAGCUGUUUUGGUUUUGUACACUGUCUUCCUAUUAACUCGUUUUAUUUAUGCACUGUCAGUGUCAAUUCUGCAAGACUCUUUACAUAAACUGAAAUAAAGAGAUGUGGCAAACCUUGAAGAGAGUUGCACAUACUUGGCUGCGGUUUUGAUUUGUUUUUCAUUCAUUCUUCCAUUCCUUUUAGGAGCUAACACACAGGUUAUUGUGAUUAUACUGCUGUGACGUUGUGCAGGGUGUCUUGUUGCUGACUAAACUUUGAUGUGCACCCACUGUAAAUUUAAUCGCUGUAUUCGCUUCAAUAAAGAAAUGCUAAA